UCUUAAAAAAUAAGAAAAGUUUGUCGUUUCGUUCCAGUUGCUAUCAGCUGUUUUCCUGUCGAAAAAGGGGCCGUUUGACAACACUAGCUUCUCAGUCGGUGCAUUGGAUUUUAUUUCAUAAUUCGCAGAACGAGCUAAAUUUAAUAUCCCCACGAAAUGGAGCUUUCCGAGGGAGUCAAGGAGCGUCUGGGAGUUGUGGUAGAUGUCGUUCAGACAGGAUUGCAUUGGGGAUUCGUCCCCCUGGUUCUGUAUUUGGGCUUUAUGAAGGGAGCCGAGCCCGGAAUGCCGCCGUUGAACGUUUUCAGCCUGUUGUGGCAAUAAAAAAAAACCAUCCGACCUCAACACAAACAUUUCCCCGUCUCGUGCCCUGCAUUUUGUUUCAGAUUGGAUUUCUGGGCACCUGCGCAGUACCUGCACUUAUUGGAAAUAAAUUUCUGUUACAAAAAAAUUAAAAUUUUGCCAUGUAUCCUUAAAACAAUGAACUUCCUACUAAAACACAUAA